AUGAAUACGACCAAACCAGAAAUACUAGUGGCAAGAAGCCAAUGGGACAUUUUUCAAAAAGGACCAGAGUAUUUCUUGGAGACACCCCGGUCGCCGUACAAUGUUGUUUUUGAAUUCAAUGCUACCUUUGACAAUAAUAGCACUUUUAAUUCCACAAACGAUUCCGGUGAAGUAUGGAAUGAUUAUGUCAACCUUCUUCGUGACAGGGCACUCCUCGUUUCUUUUUUACUACUUUUCUCACUGACUACUGUAUUUGGAAAUAUGCUAGUAAUAUUGGCAGUCGUAAGAGAACGAUAUCUGCAUACAUCUACUAAUUACUUUGUAACUUCACUUGCUGUAGCCGAUUGCCUCGUGGGAUUAGUGGUUAUGCCAUUUUCCGCACUUUAUGAAGUUUUGGAGCAUACUUGGUUUUUUGGAGUGGACUGGUGUGAUGUUUGGCGAUCUUUAGAUGUUCUUUUUAGUACUGCAUCCAUUCUUAAUCUAUGUGUUAUAUCAUUGGAUAGAUACUGGGCCAUCACUGAUCCUAUCACAUAUCCGAUGCGGAUGAGUGGCCGGAAAGCCGCGUUCCUUAUAGCUGCGGUAUGGGUGUGUUCAGGUGCUAUAUCAUUUCCGGCGAUCGCGUGGUGGCGUGCUGUGCGCUUAGAAGAAGUGCCAGAUUACAAAUGUCCAUUCACGGAAAAUUUAGAAUAUAUAAUAUUUUCUUCAACAAUAUCCUUUUAUUUACCGCUAUUCGUUAUGGUUUUUACGUAUUAUCGUAUUUACCGUGCAGCAACGAUUCAGACAAGGUCUCUUAAAAUUGGGACAAAACAAGUAAUGAGACCAAGUGGAGAGUUAGAGCUAACGUUGCGCAUACAUAGAGGUGGUACGAUGCGUCAAAGAACCGAUAUGUGUCAUGGUGCGUGUACUCCCGAAGAAACGGACCAAGAACCUUUAACCGCGUUACAAAACAACGGACUUUCACGUUCAUCAACGCGUUUAACAAAUGUGACUCACAAUAAACAUUUGCCUAAAAAUUUUUCACUUUCGCGAAAACUUGCUAAAUUUGCGAAAGAAAAAAAAGCAGCAAAGACUCUUGGAAUCGUAAUGGGUGUAUUUAUAGUGUGUUGGUUACCAUUUUUUGUAGUAAAUCUUCUAUCUGGUAUAUGUUCAUCCUGUAUUACUCAUGAGGAAAUUGUCAACGUGGUGGUCACGUGGCUCGGUUGGGUCAACUCUUCGAUGAAUCCCGUGAUCUACGCUUGCUGGAGCAGAGAUUUCAGAAGGGCAUUUCUUAGAAUAAUCUGCGUGUGCUGCCCAAGAAAGUUGAGAAGAAAGUACCAGCCGCAGCUUCGCUUUAAGCAAUCUCAGUAUCCGGUGACAACAAUGAUGUACUCCUCGGUGUCGCAGCACGAGAUGUGUCACUUGUGA